AAGCUGCAAACGUCUUCCACUCUCCUGCUUGACUGGUACUGCUUCAAAUCACUAUGCCUGUCGCAAUCCAGACAUCGACCAACCCAGGAGGAAUCAAGUCCUAUUAUCAGGCCAAGAUAGAAGCCGCAGAGCUUUUGAUCAACCAGAAGACACAGAACCUGCGCCGUCUGGAGGCACAACGCAAUGCAUUGAACGCGCGGGUGCGUCUUCUUCGAGAGGAGCUUCAACUUCUACAUGAGCCUGGAAGCUAUGUCGGUGAAAUUGUGAAAGUUAUGGGCAAGAACAAGGUGUUAGUGAAGGUCCAGCCCGAAGGGAAAUACAUCGUCGACUUCGACGCAGAAAUCGAUGUACAAACACUCACACCCUCUCUUCGUGUUGCCCUUCGCUCCGAUUCGUACACAAUUCAUAAAGUCCUCCCCAACAAAGUCGACCCCCUCGUCUCUCUCAUGAUGGUGGAGAAGGUUCCUGAUAGCACAUACGAAAUGGUCGGCGGUCUCGAUAAGCAAAUUAAGGAAAUCAAGGAGGUCAUUGAGUUACCUGUCAAACAUCCAGAACUCUUUGAAGCCCUCGGUAUCGCGCAGCCGAAGGGCGUCCUCCUGUAUGGACCUCCAGGUACAGGAAAAACCCUUCUGGCCAGAGCGGUCGCCCACCACACCGAUUGCAAGUUCAUUAGGGUUUCGGGGUCGGAAUUGGUGCAGAAGUAUAUCGGCGAGGGAAGCCGGAUGGUCAGGGAGCUAUUCGUGAUGGCUCGGGAACAUGCGCCGAGUAUCAUCUUCAUGGACGAGAUCGAUUCUAUCGGAAGUUCUCGAGGGGAGAGCGGCUCUGGCGGCGGUGACUCUGAAGUCCAGCGAACCAUGCUGGAGCUGCUAAAUCAGUUGGAUGGCUUCGAACCCACCAAGAAUAUUAAGGUGGUCAUGGCCACUAACCGGAUAGAUAUUCUUGAUUCGGCUCUUUUACGGCCUGGGCGUAUCGACCGAAAGAUUGAGUUCCCACCACCCGGCCCCGAGGCACGCGUUGCCAUCCUUCGAAUUCACUCACGCAAGAUGUCUCUCCAACGAGGUAUCAAUCUACGCUCUCUCGCAGAGAAGAUGGGACAAUGCUCGGGUGCAGAGGUCCGAGGGAUAUGCACAGAAGCAGGUAUGUACGCAUUGCGUGAGCGGAGGCAGCAUGUCACGCAAGAGGACUUUGAGUUUGCCGUGGCAAAGGUUCUGAAAAAGAACCAGGAAGGGAAUACUUCUGUCAACAAGCUAUUCUCAUGAUGUCUGUGUGCCCCGGUUUCUCAUUUUCCUGUCGUCGGCGUAAUCAUCCUUUCCUGUGUAAUAUGGACGCACACUUAGUCGUCGAUCAAAGCAGGCAUGCAACAUCGCAAAUG